AUGGUCGCCCAGAAGGAAACCGCGAUAGUCAUAUCCGAUGAAGAAACCGCAAGCGACAUCAGCGAGCCGAGGCGACCGACCGAGAAAGCCCUUGGCAAGCGCAAAAGUGACCUCGUGGACUUCGAGGUGAAGGAAGUCUGGGAUGACGACUCCGACGAGGAGCUGCCCAAACUGAAGAAGCGCAAGGCGCAGCUCACAUCAGGCCGGAAGGGGAAGGGCAAGGCGAAACCCAAAGCGAAGGGAGGGAAGAAGGCCGCCGCGAGUAGCAAACAGCCGGACGAUACCGACGAAGACGAACUCGACAUCGCACAGGUACCCGUGUACAUCAAAGAACGGAGGAAGAAGUUCGACGACAAGCGCGAGAAGUUACGAGACGCCGGACUUCUUCUGCCGCCAGAAUACCACGACUUCAAGUUCUCCGAGGACGAACGAGGACUACCCCCGGAGCGGCGACCGAAGUUUGACGAGAGCUCCAAGAUCAAGCCAUGCCGACCAUACAAAGACAUCGAGCUGGAGUACUCGGCGGGCGUCAUCCCAGCGUCCAUCGCGCAGUACCUCCGCGACUACCAGAUCGUCGGCGUCAAGUUCCUGCACCGCCUGUUUGUGUACCAAAGAGGUGGCAUCCUAGGAGAUGACAUGGGCCUUGGCAAGACGGUGCAGGUUGCCAGUUUCCUAACGGCGGCGUUCGGGAAGACGGCCGACGAGCGUGAUUGGAAACGACUGCGCAAGAUGCGCGAUGAAGCGGGGCGGUGGUAUCCCAGAGUGCUGAUCAUCUGCCCGGGCUCCAUCAUCGAGAACUGGAAGAUCGAGCUGAACCGUUGGGGCUGGUGGAAGGUUGGUGUCUUUCAUGGCCCCGGAAAGGAGGAUACCUUGGCUUCGGCCCGGUCUGGUCGGAUCGAGAUCAUGAUCACCACGUACACAACCUACAAGAACCACCAGAGCUAUGUCAACACGGUCAAGUGGGAUGCCGUGGUAGCUGACGAGUGCCAUCAAAUCAAAGAAAGGAGCUCGGAGAUCACCAAGGCCAUGAACGAUGUCAACGCCCUUUGCCGUAUUGGCUUGACGGGUACAGCAAUUCAAAACAAGUACGAGGAAUUAUGGACACUUCUGAACUGGACGAAUCCCGGUCACUUUGGUACCCUAUCAGAGUGGAACAACACCAUCACUAAACCUUUGAAGACAGGCCAGUCGCACGACGCGACACUCAUCCAGUUGAAGAAUGCCCGCCUUACCGCGCGCAAGCUGGUCAAUAAUCUGUUGCCGGGCUUCUUCCUCCGAAGGAUGAAGACACUCAUCGCCCACCAACUUCCCAAGAAGACGGACCGAGUUGUCUUUUGCCCGCUCACUGAAUCCCAGCAGGAAGCGUACAAGAACUUCCUCAGUAGGCCUGAUGUUGAGCUUCUUCGUACGCUUUCAAACCCGUGCGCGUGCGGAUCAGGCAAGGGCCAGGGUUGGUGUUGCAAAAAGACGACCGAGGAUGGGACGCCGUGGCAGUCUAUCAUCUUUCCGUGUGUCGUCACUUCUCAGAAGCUGGUGAACCAUCUCACUCUGCUGGUACCUCAAGGCACAGAGACCGACGAUAAGCACAAGCGUGAGAUGCGCACUCUACGACACUGCUGCCCAGACACUUGGAAAUCUCUUUACGAAAACCGAGACGCGAUCAUGUACCUAGCGAACCCUGAGUUCUGUGGCAAGUGGAAGGUCCUCAAGAAACUUCUCAGGUUCUGGCAUGAGGCCGGCGACAAAGUCCUCGUGUUCUCUCACAGCGUACGGCUGCUGAGAAUCCUCCAACAUCUCUUCCACAACACCAGCUACAGCGUCACUUACCUCGAUGGCGGCAUAAGUUAUGAAGACCGACAGAAGGCCGUGGACAAUUUCAACUCCGAUCCGACUCAGUUUGUCUUCCUCAUCUCGACCAAAGCUGGCGGCGUUGGCCUUAACAUCACCUCGGCAAACAAGGUUGUCAUCGUCGACCCGCACUGGAACCCAUCCUACGACCUCCAGGCCCAAGACAGAGCCUACCGUAUUGGCCAAGUCCGUGAUGUUGACGUCUUCCGUCUUGUCUCCUCCGGCACCAUUGAGGAGAUCGUCUAUGCCAGACAAAUCUACAAACAGCAGCAGGCAAACAUUGGCUACACGGCCUCCUCCGAGCGCCGCUACUUCAAGGGUGUGCAGCAAGAUACCGACCGCAAAGGCGAAAUCUUUGGCCUCGAGAAUCUUUUCACCUACCGCGAAAACCAGCUCGUCAUCCGCGACAUCGUCAACAAGACCAACAUCGCAGAAGCCAGAGUCGGAAACGACAUCGCAAUGACCACCGUCGACAUGGAGAACCUCGUCAAGGAGGAAGACCUCGGCGGCGCCGUCAAACAGGAACCCGCAGACGCAGAAGACGCCGGCAUGUCCCAGCUCGCCGCCGUGCUCGCCGCCAAAAACCAGAAAGACUACCUCGGCACCGUCAAAUCCCAACAGCCCAAGUCCGACGCCGUGCAAGCCAUCCUGUCCGCCGCCGGCGUCGAGUACACCCACGAGAACUCGGAGGUCAUCGGCACCUCCAAGGUCGAGGAGCAGCUCUCGCGCAAGGCCGAGAUGGCCGCGAGCUCCGACGUGGACCCGGAGGGCGACGGCGCUCUCUUUGCCGACAGUCAGGUGUUUGACGCGCACGCGCAGAAGCUCAAGGGCUUCUCGUACGUGUACAACCCGCCCGAGGACGUGAUGCGGCGGCAGUUCUGCUCGAUGGCCAAGGAGUUCGGCUUUGGCAGCGCGACGGAGUUCGCGCUUGUCGUGGGCAGCUGGACGCAGACGCAGAGGCGCAACUGCUUGGAGGCGUUUUACCGCAUCCGCGAGGGGAAGCUGUUGGCUGAGGAGACUGUCAAGGCGGAGGAGGAGGUGAAGGUCGAGGUGAAGGCCGAGACAGACCGAUAUGACGCCGAUUUGGAUGCCGAGACCGAUUAUGAGAGUGACCAUGCGGAGGAGGCGGUGAAGAAGGAAGUGGUCAAGACCGAGUCCGUUAAGGGGGACGUCGGCGUUGUUCCUUCGAAAACACCCAUUUGGAUAUACGACUCGGAUGAUGAUGAACUUUAG